AUGGUCAAGCCCCUGACUUUCAAGGGCGAGAAGAAGCCCAAGAAGAGAAAGCGGACCGAGGCGGAGGCCCAAGACCGCGAUGCGGCAUCCGGUGACGUCGUCCGCGCCGGCGCCGAGGAUGAUGCGGACAACGACGACAGCUGGGUGUCUGCCGACGCCGUGACGGAUGUUGCUGGUCCCAUCAUGUUCGUGCUGCCUACGGACCCUCCUGCGGCAUUGGCCAGCGAUGCCAACGGCAAGGUCUUCACACUGGGGAUUGAGAACAUCGUCGACGGAAACCCUACAAGCGCGGAGCCGCACGACGUGCGGCAGGUCUGGGUCGCGAACAGGAUAGCGGGAACGGAGCAGUUCAGGUUCAAAGGACACCACGGGCAGUACCUUGGAUGCGACAAGAACGGCGUCUUGUCCGCGACAUCAGCUGCUGUUUCGCCGCUUGAAUCGUUCAACCUCAUUGCUACAGCCGAUACCCCUGGUACUUUCCAGAUUCAAACGUUGCGCGAUACCUUCUUGGCGGUCAAGCCUCCGAAACCCAAUGUUACAACAUCAGAUGUCAGGGGCGACGAGGAGUCCAUCACGUUCGACACCACAUGGCGGAUCAGGAUGCAGGCGCGGUUCAAACCACGUCUCAAGGCCAACAAGGAGGAGAAGGCCAAGGAGAAGAUCAGCCGCAAGGAGCUCGAGGAGGCGGUGGGACGAAGGCUUGAGGAUGAUGAGGUCAAGAGGUUGAAGAGAGCGAGGAGGGAGGGUGAUUAUCACGAACAACUGUUGGUGCUGAAGGUCAAGGGGAAGCACGACAAGUAUGGCUAA